UUCCCGAAGAUCCUAAGAAGUACGAGGAGAUCCUGACCUCCGUACGAAAACUGUUCGAAAGGGUACAAUUGAAUCAGGAUGUUCGGGAGAGUCCUAUGAUGGACGAAAGGACCACGUUCCAAAACGAGAAAAUACUGCAACAGCUUCCUGAGAACACGAGACGAGAAGAAUUUUCAGCGGAUACAUGGUCGAAAGACUCUGAGGAUCAAUCUUCGAGAUUGGAAAGUCUUCAGGAAAAAAAUUCGGGAGGAUUUUUAGCAAGGACGGGUAUGGAGGAUGAUAGAAAGGCUGGGCUAACGCUGAUGGAAAGAAGUAAGGAUGAUAGAAGUGGACCUGAAGAAGAGGACUUUCUGGAAGCAGCUAAUUUCGGAUUGGAAGCUAUGAAGGAACUGUACACCAUCAAGGAACCGAUGCUGUACUCGAUGGGCAUAUAUUUGGAUUCCGACAAUCCAGCGAGGCACGUAGCAAUUUUUAACGAUCAAACGAAAGAAGCUAGAGCUCUCGCGAAAUAUGGAUUCGCCGUACUUCAGGGUACUACAAGAUUCAAACGGAAAUUUCCAAAUACACCAACGGACUCGCUGCUGUUUCGUCGAAGUCAAAGUAAUCCACUUCAACGUCAUUGUCCGAACAGAGGAAUUCCUAUCUGCCCAGCGGCUAGUUUGAGGUAUAGAACAUCCGACGGAAGUUGUAAUAAUCUUCGACAUCUCUGGUGGGGCUCUGCGAUGUCGACCAUGCAGAGAUUUAUGCCACCGGUGUACAGCGAUGGGGUUCAAAGUAUUCGUAGAUCCGUAACGGGAAAACAACUUCCUACUGCAAGGGAAGUGACCGUCGUGGUACACGAAGAUAAAGAUGUACCCUUGGCAUCCGUUACUCAUAUGCUGAUGCAGUGGGGGCAGUUUGUUGAUCACGAUUUGACCGCGACCGGACAAAGCAGAGGAUUCAACGGCACCGUACCGCAGUGUUGUCUCAAAUUUGGCUCUGGCUUCCAACCACCAGAGUUCAUGCAUCCAGAAUGUCUGCCGAUAUCUGUCAGUUCGAAAGACAGUUUCUUCGGUCCCCUGGGUGUGAAAUGUUUAGAAUUUGUUCGAAGUGGUCCAGCACCGAAAGAAGACUGUGAAUUUGGCCCUAGGGAACAGUUAACACAGGUCACUAGCUACCUGGAUGCUUCUACCGUCUACAGUAGCAAUGCCUUUCAAACUGACACUUUAAGAUUAUUUAGGAACGGUUUAUUGCAAUACGGAAAGCUUCAAUCGCAAAGGCCGGUGCUUCCCAAACUCGAUUCCGAUCUCUGUAAACGUGGAUCGUUAUCGACGAAUUGCUUCAGAGCCGGAGACGGUCGUCUAGGAGAACAACCUGCGCUCACUUCGCUCCACGUGGCGUUUCUAAGGCUCCACAAUAGAAUAGCGACGAAGCUAGCCGCGUUGAAUCCUCACUGGAGCGACGAGAAACUAUUUCAAGAAUCUCGGAGAAUCGUUGGCGCAAUUGUUCAGCACAUCACUUAUAGAGAAUUUCUUCCCAUUGUUCUUGGUCAAGAUGUGAUGAAAAUAUUCGACCUUGAGUUGCUGAAGAAAGAUUAUUACCAAGGCUAUGAUCCCAAAGUAAAUCCAACUGUCGCUAACGAGUUUUCUACUGCGGCUUAUCGCUUUGGCCACUCUUUGGUACAACAAAGUUUUGUUAGAUUCGACAGUCAUCAUCGACCCAUUUUCAACAACGUCUCUAUCCACGAUGAGUUCACCAAUUCGGUAAAUUUAGAAACGGCAGGUUCGGUGGAUCGUCUUCUUCUGGGGUUGAUCAAUCAACCCUCUCAAAGGAGGGACGAGCACAUCAGCGAAGAGUUAACCAAUCAUCUGUUUCAAACCCCCAAUUUUCCUUUUGGAAUGGACCUUGCUUCCAUCAACAUCCAAAGAGGCAGAGAUCACGGCAUCCCUCCAUACGUUCAGUGGAGAGAACCUUGCGGUUUAUCGUCGAUAAAAAGCUUCGAAGACUUGGACAGAGUAAUGUCACCAUCUACUGCCAGAAAAUUCAGAUUCGUCUACUCGUCGGUAGAGGAUAUCGAUCUCUUCAGCGGUGGACUGGCGGAGAAGUCGGUUAAGGGUGGUUUAGUGGGUCCUACAUUUGCCUGCAUAAUUGGCCAACAGUUCAGCAACCUACGUCGAGGUGACAGGUUUUGGUACGAGAAUCCUGACCAGGAAAGCAGUUUCACUCUUGGACAACUUCAGCAAAUUAGACGGGUCAGCCUGGCCCAAGUACUUUGCGCCACGAUGGACAACAUAGAAACUGUCCAACCCUUCGUGUUCUUGACGGCUGACACCUUGAAGAAUCAACGGUUGCCUUGCAACGAUCCUAUCAUUGGACAACUGGAUUUAGAAUUCUGGGUAGAGAAACAGUCGGACUUAAAAGGCAGAGCUGGUAUUCUAGAUAAAUUCAGAAGAACUACGACUCGAUCCACCCUCGCGAAAGAGAGCAGUUCAACGAACGCCUUGGAGCAACGGAAAACAUUUUCUCCGAAUCUGACACCACCCAAACCAAGCAUUCAUCAACAAAACAGAAUCGUCGUAAAGAAACCUUUAGGUCCUCCAGAUAACGUGACCAUAGUUGUUCAAAACAACGCUAUCAAUUCUCCUGUCUUUGUAAACGAUGCCAUUUACGGGUCAAGCAUUAAAGUGAAUCCUGCUCUGCAUCAACAGACACAUCAGUCUAACUCUCCUAACCCGAAUUUAGAUCUUGCUGGCCAGAGACCAGUUCAUAUGGACAACUUACAGUCUGUUCCAGUUUUUCUGCCUCCACCGAGACCAAUACCUACUUCGCCUCCUCUAACGAACCUGGCCUACGCGAGUCCUUAUAUUCCGUACACUUUUAACGAUCCCAACAAUCCUAAUCCUCUGAGCCAAGGUUUCUAUUCUAGUUAUCUUUCCAGUGACGUUGUCUUUGAAAGUUAUCCAGGGUCCAAUCCCAGACCCACUUUGUACACCUAUUAUACAAAUUUCCAAAGACCUACUACUCCAAUACCUGGACAGGGUGCAAACCUCUACAUCAUGGGCUAUGUCCCACAAGAUCAAAUAAUCAGACCAACGCAAACUUCUUGGCCUCGUCCUGAUUCUCCUGAUCAAUUGUCCAGACCUUACGCAGUCAAGUGGCAAGAUGUGCUUAGACCUGAACACUCGAACUCGCAAGGAUACAGAGAAAGACCUUAUGAGCCGAUUAAUCAACACUCCGAUGACAGAUACGGGUCUUUCGAUAAACCGGCUGAUAAAAUUGAAUAUACGACUUGGUCUAGUGUUUCGCAAUAUCAGACAGGGUUAAAUAAUCGUUACGAAUUAGACAGUCCUACUUAUAGCUCGCAAUCGACGGAUAAACCUACUCAGGUUCAUCCUGGCAGGCCAGAUGUUAGCUCUGAUCAAAUUUCGACUGGAAUAAAGGAUUUUGUUAGUACAAUUAAUCCUAAUAACGUCUAUUUGAGUAUUCCUUCUGGCAGACCGUAUUCUCAAGACGAUGCCAGUUCUUAUUCGACCCAGAGCAAUUACAAAGCGACAAGCAAACCGCAUUAUGAUCAACCCGAUAAGUCUGUCGAUUCUUAUCAGAAUCUAGGAAGGCCGAAACCACAAAAGACCCAUAGUGUCACUAUCGUUGGGGCGGAAACGACGAGUCAAAGUGGACAUGACAUCGUCGGAAUGGAGAAUCGAGUUACUAGUGAAAUUCCAAAACCAUUAGUUUCUCGGAUAAGCAACAAAAGGAAACCUGGACAAUACUAUUACGAGCAGAAUAUUUUGCAUCGAUAUCCGGAUUGGCCCUCGAAGGAAGAUGACACUGAAGAGAGACACAAAGCGGUGAAUAACGAGGAAUCGAUCGACCGGUUACUUAUCAAUGCUAUUACUAGGAAUCCUCCGCUUGUCGAUGAGAAUGGAAACGAUAAAACGGAAACAGCGAGUGAAACAUCAAAUAGAACGUACAAUGGGAUAAUAAAGGAUGAUGUCGAUCAAGAAAUUGUCUCGGAAGCGAUCGAAGAAUCUGCGGCAGCGGACAGUACGAGCCAUUGGCUGAAUUCGCAAGAGGAUCCAAGCUUGCCGUCAGCUCUGGAGGUGCCAAAAAUGUCGUCUGACAACGCCACGGUUGCCAAGGAAUUGCCUAAGCCCAUUAAAUUCAGAAGUUACGCUUCCUAAGUCCUCUUCGUAUCCCGGUU